UACCCGGCCAGUUAGCUUCAGUCUGUUUUCUGACUUUGUGAGUGUGUUGUGUUCGUCUUCGUCGUGUUCAAAUUAUUUCGUUAUCCCUUUGUCUGUUGUGAGUUUAGUUCUAUCCAUUGCCUAAAAAAAGUGUAUCGUGUACGAAAAACUGGACAUUUAUCGAAUGGUUGCGCAGGACGCGAUAUUUACCCGGGAAGCUUGCGAAUAUGAAGUGAGAGAGUCGAGUUUUCAUCAGGGAUGAACUCCUGACGAGAGAGCAACGUCUAUCAUCAUGAUGGAACCACCAGUUACGAGCAAAGUCCUGCGGGCUCCUAGCCUGAAGAGAGGUCAGGAGAACGUCAGGAUUCAGGAUAGAAUCAAGCUGGAACGCGUGCUCGGCGUAACCGUGUCGAGCAAUGCAGCCCUGGACUGCGACGCGACCAGUGAGCUAGUCGCCUAUCCUGCCGGCUGCACCGUAGUACUGUUCAAUCCACGGAAGAAUACCCAGGCUCACGUGUUGAACGCUUGUCGUAAAACAGUUACCUCUUUAGCGCUCGCUGGCGAUGGAAGGUUUCUGGCGACUGGCGAGUGCGGCCAUAUGCCAAACGUCCGCGUCUGGGACAUCUCUGACCCAUACAAUGCCGUGCAGUUCGCCGAGUUCUCCGGGCACAAGUAUGGCAUCAAUUGCGUGGCAUUUUCACCGAGCAACAAGUAUGUGGUAUCGGUGGGUUCUCAACAUGAUAUGAUCGUCAAUGUCUGGGACUGGAGGAACAAUGUUAAAGUGGCGUCAAACAAAGUCUCGAGCAAAGUGAAGGCCGUAUGCUUCGCGGAAAACGGCAAUUACUUUGUUACCGUCGGUAACAGACAUGUCAAGUUUUGGUAUCUCGAGUAUUCGCGCAGUGCCAAGUAUAAGGAACCUGUGCCUUUGAUGGGUCGGUCUGCCAUAUUAGGAGAGCAAAGAAAUAAUGAUUUUGUGGACGUAGCCUGCGGUCGAGGAGAAAUGGCAGAUUCCACAUAUGCGAUUACGAAAACUGGCCUUCUAUGCGAAUUCAAUAACAGGAGGCUUUUGGAUAAAUGGGUAGAACUUCGUACGAGCAGUGCCAAUUGCAUGGCCGUUGGAGAUAAAUACAUUUUCAUCGGUUGUGCAGAGGGAAUUGUGAGGUGCUUUAGUCCUAAUACGCUUCAGUUCAUCACUACCUUACCGAGAACACAUUACCUGGGCGUGGACGUUGCUCAGGGAUUGUCCAUUAGCCAUAUGUCUCAGCAUCCAACAAAUGCAAGGUAUCCAGACGCCAUCGCCUUAGCAUUUGACGAGCGAAACAACAAGCUCACCUGUGUUUACAACGAUCACAGUAUCUACGUUUGGGAUGUACGAGAUAUCAGACGAGUUGGCAAGUCGCAUUCGUUCCUUUACCAUUCGGCCUGCAUCUGGGGAGUCGAGAUGUAUCCCACUGGAUCGGAUUCCGUGGGUGCCAUGCCGGCUGGUAGUUUCAUUACAUGCUCCAGCGACGACACCAUCCGCGUGUGGAACCUUGAGAAGGAUAUUUCUCCUAAUGACACGCUUUACAAACGGAACAUCUACAGCAACGAGCUACUCAAGGUUCUCUACAUAGAUCAAGAGCUAACUUAUUUAAAAGAUCUAGAUCUGGCCGCAGCUGGAUCAACAGAGAAGAGCGACGCUUCGUAUGAUAGUCGGAACGGUGUUAGAUCAAUCAGAAUCAGUCCUGAUGGAAAACACUUGGCAUCUGGUGAUAGGUCUGGUAACAUUCGAAUUCAUGACCUCUCUUCGUUGGACGAAUUGUGCUUGAUCGAGGCACACGAUGCGGAAGUGCUUUGCCUCGAGUACUCCAAGUUCUCCAGAUACUCGACAGAACCUCCUAGAUUGUUAGCCAGCGCUUCUAGAGAUAGAUUGAUUCACGUGUUUAGUGUAGAUCAAGGAUACAACUUUUUACAGACGCUGGAUGAUCAUAGUUCUUCCAUUACUGCCGUCAGAUUCUUCAAUCAGAGCAAUCAGAAUAAUCAGAUACAGAUGGUGUCCUGCGGUGCCGACAAAAGUAUUAUUUUUAGACAACUGCAAUCGACACCAGGAGGAAUGCCUCAAUUUGCCAGGGGUCACAAUGCUCAGGGAAAAACUACUCUCUAUGAUAUGGAAGUUGAUUCUGGACAAAAACAUGUUUUAACUGCCUGUCAGGAUAGAAAUAUAAGGGUUUAUAAUGUAACUACGGGCAAGCAUAGCAAAACGUUCAAGGGAUCUGUCGGCGAAGAUGGAUCGCUUAUCAAAGUCGUUCUGGAUGCAUCAGGAAUUUACGUAGCUACCUCAUGUACGGAUAAAACGUUGUGUGUAUACGAUUACUAUAGCGGCGAAUGCAUGGCUACCAUGCUUGGUCAUUCGGAAUUGGUGACAGGACUACGUUUCAGUCCCGACUGUCGCAACCUCGUAUCCGCUAGCGGCGAUGGUUGUAUAUUUGUCUGGCGUGUUCCACGCGAUAUGGUUGUGACUAUGCAGGCACGUCUUGCUCAACAAGCAAUGCGAGCUGGAAAGAGGCCAUCUCAAGUAAACGGCACAGGUAUCGACAUACAACUGGACAACGAAACCUUUGGAUCACCUCCACCGGAAUUCUUAGAUCCAAAUGCCAAUCCAACAUCACAAAACGUAGGCGUUGAUUAUAGAUUUAGUGUAGGCCAAUUGCCUCUUUGGGCGAAAAAACAAAUAAACACUGCGAAUGCGGAUGAGAGUACCGUCCUUGGCUCGAAUGUCAGAUCUCUUGGCGUGGAUUUGCCGAAGGGCAGAUGGGCGCAAAGAGUCCAGCAAGGAGAUGGUAUAACUGUCAAGUCUGUCUAUGAUAGCGAUGAGGUUAUACCUUUUCCUCCACCUCGUGGUGCGAUCGAUUCAGAUGGUGGUGGAGGAGGCGGAGGAUCGAAAGAUAGCUCGAUCGAUAGUGGAACUGAAACCAAGUGUAGCAGUGAUUACCGUAGAGAAACAAUUAUUAUUAAAAGGGAAGAGGAUGAAACUAUAUUUCAACCUUGUCCAGAUAGUUACAGAGAAUUAGCAGAUGAAACGAAACAGGUGAUCGGUGGUAACGUGACUGUAACUAGAGGUAGCAAUAUCACGGAAUUGACACGACAAUCAAGGAGUCGUCAUCAUACCGACGAUAGCAGUCUUGGCAGCUUUAAAUUUGAGGAUCAUGAAAGUACCGAGCAUGAUGGAGAUGUGGAAGAUUAUUCCGAAGGAGAAAAUGGAACAACUGGUUCAGAAAAGUCUCAUCAUAGAUUGAUGUAUUAUCCUGCACCAGAAGACACAGUUUCGAACCAAUUUACUGUAAAUGCGAUGGACGUAGAAGAGCUUCGAAGGUCUCAAAGGAGGCAAAAGAAACCAAGAAAUGGAGAAAGUGGUCGAACGAGCGAGUUAACUGCUUCGGGCAGUCAAGACGAUUCGGAUUCCGAGGGUGGCGCUUCGACACCUAGUGCUGAACGAAAUCCUCUGUCCAUGUUGUCAGAAGCUAGUUCAGAAGGAUUCGAUCAAUUAGCUAAACAGAGUCAUCGCGAAAAAUUUCUUAAAAAUGCUUUUGAAUCUCUUAGCGGUGCCGAAGAACCUACGAAUAGAAGCGCCAAAACGACUAGCAUCAGUUCUCAGUUUCAUGGAAGACUUAGCGGUGGCGAUAAUGGUAGUAAUAAAGUUCGCAACGCUGCAGUAGUGAAUGCAACGAAACAAGCAAGAGGUGAUGCAGAUGUUGUAAAGAAACGCGAAGAAUUACAAAGAAGAAUAGAGGAAACUAGAAGGAAAUUGCAAAGUGUUGGCUAUAAAUCAUCAUUGAAAACAAGUCAAAGUAUAACCGACUUGAGCAGUCAUAUACCGGAGAAACAUCAUCGUUCAAAUAGAUUAAGUACAGGUAACAAAUCUGGUCAACAAAAUCAAUACUCGAAACCGAUUAAUCCCUGUAAACCUAUGCCGAAUCCAAAGCCCCCAUUAAAACCUCAACAACUCGUUAACAAAAUAUCAGGUGUGGGUAAUGCUCUACCUAAGUUAGAUAUUUCAACUGAAAACUGCUUAUCCAAAAGCCCGACUACGUCGUGUAUAAGUGACAAGACAAAGCCAUCUCUUAGUCGACCGUUAACAUUAACUCUAAAGAAAACUGAAAAGUAUAAGCUAUCGCUGAACAAACCAAAUCAAUCUUUACCCGAUUCGCCUGUGUGCGAAGAGUUAAAGCUCUUAAAGGAACAGUGUAAAAAGAAUGUCAGUCGAUUUGCAAGGUUCGCGCAGAAAAGACGAUCGUGCAGCUAUUUUAUCGGUCUCGAUGAUAAUGAGGAAGACAUGGAGAAUAUAGCCAAGUCUUUCGAGAGUUUACCCGCCAUGAACGAGCGUAACAUCGAAAAUUUGAAUGAUGUAAUGGACGAUGGGGAUGAAGGAAAUGGAAACUUUAGCGAUGACUCUCUAGAAGGUGAUUUUAAAAAUCCACCUCGCCGAUGCGUCAGUGACUAUCAGAUAAAUAAUAUGCACAUGGACAAUCAAGCUACACAAAGAAAUUAUUCGACCUAUCAGAAUUUUCCUAAACGGAUUUUAACCGGAUCCCAAGAGAGCAUCCUUUCAGAUGCCUCCGUGGAAUCUUUCUCAAAAGGAAGCGCUGAGAUUUUGGAUUACAGUCAUUAUGACAACGACAGACAUUCAAGUGCAAGCUUCUUCUUGUCUCGUCGAAAGAUGCAAGCUGGUCGAAGCCACGAAAGCAUUUUGACAGAUGAAUCCGAUUAUCAAAUGUUCCCGUUACAUGAAAAUAUUGAUCACCGAAGUACUGAGAGCGUGUUAACUGACGAUUCAGACUCUUUGGUAAAAUCUGCACCAUUAGAAAUGCUAUUCGAUUCUCAUUACAAACGAAAAAGACAAAAUUCGGAAACAUACAGCGGUAAUCCUAACAAUGCUGUAGAACAAUCAAAUAAUACUGAGAAUGCCGUCAACGAUUCGUCUUGUCGAGCAGUAUUUAGGUCAAAAUCGCUUCAAGAUACGCGGAUAAGUCAAGUGAGGAAUGAAAAUAAUUAUAGAGAGGAUAAUGUCCAACCUGCAACAUGUAUUUAUUACGAGUUUAACUUCAAUGAUCAAAAUGACACGAAUGUUGAAAUGAGAAUUGGAACGAAAUCGGACACAAUCUCGCGAAGCAGUAGUUUGAAAGUCCCGAAAGAACCACAAUCAAUGCUGAUUCUGAAUGAUUUCGUGGCCCAUAAACCGCCCAAGCCUAAACGGAAUUCCGCUCGAACGCAAAGUAUGCGGAACAGAGCGCGUCCUGCGUGGAACAAAUAUGUGGAUUCAACACCUCAAUCUUCCCGUGUUAAAUCCACAGAAUCCGAUGAUUACGCAAACAAGUCUCGUACAGAGGAUCGAACAGUAAGAAAUGAUACAGAUGCAAAGUCUGAUGGGAACGAAAACUUGCAUACCUCUAAAAGAAUCGAGCAGUUAUUACAAUCUUCCAACUAUUCUUUACAGGGUAGCGAAGAUAAAGACUCGAAAAUCAAAUUUUACAGCUUACAAACUCGACGAUCUGACAAAGGUAUCGUUUACGAUGCUGGUGGUCCAAUGGACAACUUUGCUUUCGAUCCAAACGAUUCUACUUGUCAAACGAAAAGCUAUCAGCAGGAUCAAAUAGACGCUCCACAUACAGAUCGACGUUGCUGCUUUGAGUCUCAAAUUCCAACGAAAGACACUCAGGAAACUUAUGACUCUUUGGAGCCUAAUGGCACCAACUGUGACUUACAGACAACGAAUAUGCAAACUGCAUCGAAUUUAUUAAGUACGAAUGCACGUAUUGACAAUUUAGAUGCGAGUGUUGAUCUCAGAAUCACUCGAGCCAUCGAGGGAACAGUGAAAUUGCUUUCAAAGGAAUUUGAGAACUUAGUGAGAAGAGAGCAAUAUUUUAUGAAAGAAAAAUGUCUGCGAAUGUCACACUGCCAAGAAACGAGCGAGAACUUUGCCAAAUUGGAGGCGGAAAGAGACGGUAGAUUUUGUUCUUUGAGGCGUGACAUUAGAUUUCAUUCUGGAGGUGAGGAUAGCGAUUUUGCGGAUACGUCUGCUAUAGACAGAUCGAUAAUGGAAAGCGGUUCCUCAACGUCCGCCUCGAGUUGUACCAAUUCACCAAAAAGAAUGUGGCCGCCAGCCUCGCGAUGUCAAAGUCAUAUGAAAUGGACUAAAACAUUACCCACCAUUAAUCAAGUCAUACUGCCAUCUAAACAUCUUUAUGCAGUUUCAGGGAAAAUAGGUAAUAAGAAUACGAAUGCUUCGACGAGAAGUGGAUUAGGAAGUGCAAAUAUCGGGAAUCAAUCUCGGCAUACUUCAACGAAAAAUCAUUCCUCUCACAUGACAAGAAGUAGUAGUGUUGGUGUUUUAAAUCAGAGUGAUUCCGAAUCAGACGUUGGAGCGGGAAAUAGUAGAGGCUGGAACAAUCAAGCAGGAAAUAAUAGAAUUAAUGCAUUAAUGAGACCAACAAUUAGUUCACAAAAUAAAAUUAAUCAUCAAAUAAAAUCGAACUCUUCUUCCAAUAGUAAUUUACCAUCAGUUCUUAGAAGAAGAGGCAUGCAGGGUGCAUAUUCAAGUGUAAAUUUAAGUCAAGUGGGCAAUCAAGAAGAUUCAAGUUCGGAAGAUACCUCUUCUAAUGGAAACGGGGGAAAACCAGCUCUUCCUCCGAGACCACGAAGUAUUAGCAUUGAUCAUUCUGCUGCAAACUUAAGUUUACCUACAACAGUAAGAAGAUCGGGAUCAACGACAAUUAUAUCUAAUGGUCGCAGUGGAAAUAGCACAAUAGGACAAAAUGCAAAUAGGAUGUCGACAGCUAAUCGUAAUCAAUUAGAUCCCAGUCCUCAAGAACUUCCAGUUAAAGAUACAGAUCGUGCCAUCGAUGUAGCCAGUGCUGAAUUAGGCACGGAUAAAACAUUAGUGUCAACGCAACUAUGCAAUACAAUCGCAGAUGAAUUAACACGAACAGCAGACAAUGUUGUGCAACUGUACAAACGUUUAACAAUAGAUAAUGAGGAUGAUCCAUCUCGAGCGAGCAUCGAUAGGGAUACGAUGCUGCGUGGACUCGAAUCAUCAGUAAAUGAGACAAUGCGCACGUUACGGUUAGUCGUGUCAGGCGAAAGUCACGAAGGUACAAGUACUGAAAAUGUUACGAUAAAUGAGGCCACCGCGAAGUUCCAAGAAUUGCUUGCCGGCCAAGAUCAAGGAAAAGUGGUUAAUAUGAUGCAGCAAUACUCCGAGUUGCUCCUGAACAUGAUGCAACAAAGAAUGGGAGGGGCGCAAUCAAGCCAUACGUAAAAUCCGUCCAUUCGCUAGUUCUCCAAGGAAAAAACGAUCAGGACACUCAACUACACACGGUGCCCAAGUACCGUAUGUACCAAUACAAAAACUAAAUCUCUCAAUCUCUAUAAUACCCAUCCUAAAAAUAUUGAGACGUGAUUAUUUAAAAUCCUGAUUUUCGGCUCUAUUUUUUAAAUUCUCUCAGUGUUUUUUGAGAGCAAAAGCAAUUUUGUGAGCACGCAGGAUAAAAGAUAUAACUUAUGAACUAUAUUUUAAAUAAGCAGAACCAUUGUUUUGUUAUAGACGUAUUAUGAAGUUGAUAAUUUAACAAAAAAGAAUUGGUCGUUUCAAAAAUCAAUAUUGAAAUUUUAUUUUUUCUCUCUCAAAGCAACAAAUCUUUAUGUUCAAUUGAAUAAGUUUUGAAUUUUUAUCUAUAGUCGUGGUAUAUUCUGUACUGGAUAGUGUUUGUAGCCAAAGUUAGUAGAAUAUUUAUCAAUUUCGUAUGACCAAAUAUAAAAAAUUUGCGGAAGUUUAAACGGGCUAAUUGUGCGAUUAUUACAAAUAUUCCAUUUCGAAAUUAAUCUUCAUUUAGGAGAAAAAUUUUUCGAAAUUUUGUCCCAUUUGGAAGAAAAAUAUUGACUGCGUGCAACUUACUCGUAUCUUGAGGCCAUACGCCGUUAAAUGCCAAUUAACUAAAGACUCUUAGAUUAGUUUCCAAAUAAAUAUAUACAUAUAUAUAUAUAUAUUUAUCGACUACGCGCGAUAUAUCAUAAUAAUAUUAGUCUUCUUGUUAUAUAACCAAAGGUUAUCCAUACCUAUGGUCUAAAACGCAACCUCUCUUCCUUCCCUGACGUUUAAAAAGCUUCGAUGAAACUGUAAUAAACGUAUACAGUAAGCGAUGUAAACUUGCCAGUUCGAGAAAAAAAAGAGCAUCUAGUUACUAAUUAAUGCAUUUAGAAAGAAAAAACCGGCUUUGUAGUUUUAUUCCGUGUGUCUAUCAAAGAUAAAAUAUGGAUAUGUGAUUUUGUACCUUUAAAUCGAAUAUAAUCAUAAAAUAUCAUUAGAGAGCAUCUUCUAACAAUUUUAAUUUAUAGAAGAAUAUUGUAAAAUAAUUCCAAAAUAGUAAACCACAAAUUUUUUAAGAUCUAAUCUUAAUCUAGAAAGAAAACGAAAAAUUUAUUUUUCGUCGAUGAAUUAAUUUAAAAUGAAUCUACGAUGGAUACGCGGAAAACUAUGCUGUGUUAGCUGCAUAUUUUGUCAUAGAAAUUACAAAUAUUUUUACACGCGAAUAAUGUCAAGAGAUAUGCAAGGCAAAAAGUUCCACAAAGUAUCGUAAACUUUUGUUAGAAGUUUGUACUGAAUUUGUGAAGGCAAAACGGGCUUUACAAGUUUCAAAGGAAGGAAUUGCAUUGAGGAAUCAAAGUAUUAGAAACACAUGUAUUAUUAACAAUUUUAACUUUUAUUAUAACGAUUUCAUUUCUCUGUUUAAUCAAUUUUGUAAUUACUUUUUUUCCUCUAUGUAAAAUUUUUCAUAUUGUAUGUAAUGUAUAAAACGUGCCAUUUAGGUUUAAUCAGCAUCGCUCACAUAUACUUUCUACGAGAAUGUUCUAUUGCUUUUUUAGGCAUAUAUUAUUAAUUUUUUUUUUUUUUUUU